UUUUUUCAGUUGAAAUAAUGUGCCUAAAUAGGGGGUGGUGGUCACAAAAUUUUCAUAAAUGGGAGUGUCGGCGGUCCUUUCCGCUCCGGUCAUGUUUGUUCUGACCGACAUCCAUUUUUCGUGUGUGGAAGAAAUUUCGGAAAUUGCCUCGGAAACAUAUUCAAGCUCUAAUUCUAAAGAGCUCAACAAUUUGCGGGUGUCGGAAUGGAAUUGUGAUAAACUUACCGUAUCGGGUGGAAGGGGAAAAGUCUUUUGAUUACCAACAAUUUCUAGACCUUGCUCGUGUAGGAGAGUGAGCUGGUCACGAUACGGUGCG